UGGUUGGCGGCCAUGUUGAAAUAUGCACUGACAGUUAUUCCGUUGUGAUUUCUCUCAAGUUGGAGGUGGUUAAAAUACGUUGUUUUUAUAAAUAGUUCACGCUCUUGUGCAAAGUUUCUCGGAAUCUAUGAAAGUCUUAAUUUUGAGAAGAUGGACCAAGAGGAACGGCAAAGAAAAUUAGAAGCCGGAAGAGCGAAGCUCGCGCACUUUAGACAGCAACGGGCAAAAGGCAGCAGUGCAAGUGCUGUGAAGAAGACUAUGAAGAAGAAGGGCCAGACAGUCCAGACAAAUGACCAUUCAGCACACGAGGCCUACCAACCUGAGCAUGCUCAUGUACAGGACAGCAAGGAGGAGCUUGAGGAAGAGACAGAAUCUGCACGGCCUCAGGAAGAGACGAUCCAAACAGACUCGCAGGAUCAGAGCUCACUUCCUGUGGACAGAAUGGCAGCACAUCAGCCCGAUACGAGAGAAGACCUUUUAGGAGAAUUUGUAGUCACACACACAAGCAAAGACCAACUAAAGCAGUUACACGCAGCAGUGGAGAAGCGUAACGAGAUAAUUUCACAGCUCAGCGCGAACCUGCAGGUGGCGCUAUCGAGUCGAGACCAGGUGCAGCUGGAAGCUCAGCAGCUGACGGGGCAGAUACAGGAGCUGCAGCAGCAACUACAGCAGGCUAAAGAGUACCUGCGUAGUAAAAGUGUGGGAUGGUUGGAUCUAUCUCAAACCCACAGGCAGCUACAAAUCGAGCACUCUCUGCAGAGGAGUAAUGAUCAACAGAUCCUCUUGGCUCAGAAGGAAACCGAGAUCACGUCUCUCCAACAGAAGCUAACGGUCAUGGAGGGUUCCCUCUUUCAGCUCCAGAGCGCUUUUGCGUCAAAUAACACGGAGCACCUCAAAGCAAGCUUGAGCCACCACGGCGAAAUCCUGGGCGGGAUCAAUACGAGCUCAGAGAACAACCUCGAUUCGAGCAGCGAUCUGAUUCGGAGGUUAAAACGCGAGCUGGACGAAGAGCGACAGAACAGCAAGCUUGUGCAGGAACGUGCCAAGAACCUGCAGGAGAUGGUUUUGAAAUUUGAGCUCGAGAAGGUCGAGAUGGAGGCUCGGUUACAGGCGGUUCAGGAUGAGCUCGAGCGUGCGGAGAAACAAGCGCGUGAGGUGCAGCAGCACAAAGCAGAGAAAGAGAGACUCAACCAGGACGUGGCGCGUCUAGACGGGCUGGUGCAAGAACUUCAAAGCAGGCUUUGGGAAGAAGAAGAAGCCUCCAAGCAGCUUCGCUCCAAAUUUGACACCGAAAUUGCCAACUGUGAGCUGCGUCUCCAGACCCUGGAGGAAGAGCGGAUGCUGAAUGUAGCGCAGUUAGGCGAAGUGCACGAGGCUGCGCUCAAACGUCUCAGAGAGGAACAUUCUGAGGAAGUCAGAUGUAUUCAGGAACUGCUAGACCAAGCCCAAAAACAUGAUCUGCACGGUGAAUCUUCAGAGCUUGAUACAUGUAGCACCUGGAUCCAAACAUCUGAAGGACACCACAGUCAGAAGACGAUUCCUGAAGGUUCUCCUGAAGGUUCUCCUGAAGGUUCUCCUGAAGGUAUUCCAUGUGUGAAUGCCUCAGUCACUGAUGACUUGAUGGAGAGGUACUUGACAACUGCUGUGCAGUGUGAAAGCUCGUGGAUGGAACAAAGUCUUGAACACGGAAUUAUGGAGAACUCUACAGUCUCCACGUUAGAGUUUGAAGAUGAAUCAAGAUUUUUGAUUCACCUUGAUUCUGAUGCUAAUAACACUAUCCCAGAAGAUCAACUAUCUGGACUAGAUGGCAUGUCCUUCACCCAGGCUCAGUUACAGAGCUUCAAUACAACCUCAACUGGUCUGAACCAAAGUGUUGAUCUGUGCAAGGAGCUUAUGAUCCAACAGUGCAAAGACCUCACCGAGCAGCUGGAAGAGAAACAGAGACAACUAGAUGUUCUUCAGGAAGAAGUGUUCCGCUCUGCUGAAGAGUUAAACGAGGCACGGGAGAGAUGGAGUAAAGCAUCGGAGGAACUGGAGGAAGCAAAGUGGGAGCUGGAGACCGAACGAGACAAGAGGCUCCGAUGCGAAGAGCUCCUUAACGAGAACAUCCAUGAGCAGGACAAUCUGAAGAACAAACUCUGCUCCAUGGAAAGCCAGAAUGAGCGAGAGCAGCUUCCAUCCAACAUGGAACUUGAUGGUAAGAGUCCUCCUAUCGAGGAUCUUCUGAAGGACCUGAAGGAGGACAAGGUCAAGCUGGUUCUCCAGCUCAAACACCAAGAGAAGCUGGUCCAAGACAUUCAGGAGCAGAAGAUGGCUGAAGACUCUGUUAGCUGUGAAAUCCAGGACCUGUUCGGGCAGCAGCUCUCCUCACUGCAGGCUCAGAGGGACCAGCUCAUUGCCCAGUUGGAGAACCAAAGGGAAAAGAACCAAACCACAUCUGUGCUGCUAGAAGAAAAAACCCUUCAGAUGGACUCCGCCUACAAGGAGAUCCGGCAGCUCCGAGCGGAGGUGGAGGACAGAGUGGAGAACGUGCAGAGGCUGGAGAUGGUCAGAGCGGAUCUGGAGUCUAAGCUGAGGUGUCUUAAAGAAAACCUGAAUAACGUCGAGGAGGCGUUGCGUCAAGGUUCUGCAGAGAAAGCUGCUUUGGAGAAGCGACUGCAGGCGCUGGACCAACAGAACAAGAGCAUGGAAAAGGUUCUGGAAACAGAACUGGAGAACUUUGAGCUCCAGCUUCAGGUGAAAGUCGUGGACCUCGAGAAGAUGAAGGAAGCCAGAGAGAAGGCAGAGGAAGAGCUCAUGGAGAAGGAGAACGCUCUGCAGAAGGAGCUGAGCGAGCGUGAAGAGGAGAAGAAGGGAUUGGAGGAGAAACAUCAACAGGACGCGCUAGAGUGGAGCAAGCGAUUAGAGAACGAGCUCUCUGUGCUACGCUCCAACCUGGAAGAGGAGCAGAAGAAGCAGAUCACUUUAAUUAAACAGGUGCAUGAGCGAGAGCAUGAGAGGGAGGUGGUUGAGCUGGAGGUUCAGCAGAGAGAAGAACUCGAGCGUCUGAAGGCCGAGCUCUCCGAGGAGCUCAGAGACAGCAUGGAGGCUGCACAUCAGGCAGAACUGUCGCAAAUCCGGGCGCAGCACUCUCUGGAGCUGGAGGCUCUCCGUCUGAGCCUGACCAAUAUGCACACGGCGCAGCUGGAGCUCAUGCAAUCCAACCUGCAGAAGGAGAAGGAGGCGGCGCUGAGCGAGCUACAGGCCAGUCUGAGGGAGAAGUGGGCUCAGGAGAGCGCCAUGCUCCAAACACGACAGCAGUUUGAGAUCGAGAAGCUCCGUGAGCAGAGCAGGGAGCAGGAGAAACGAGCUGAGCUCCAACUCCAGCUGGCCAUCGAUGAUCUGAACUGCGUCUGGGAAAAGCGCGUUUCAGAAGAACGGGCCUCGCUGGAGCAACAGCAGUCUAGUAGAACAGAGGAUGCAAAGGCCCAGUGGUUAGAAGACUCCAAAAACGAGCAUUCUGAGCUUCAGGCAGCCCUGAACAAAGCAGAGGAACGUUUGUCUGAGAUGAUGCACAAGCUCGAGGAGCUCCAGCGGUCUAAAGAGGACGAAGUCAAACAUCUGGAGUCGGAUCUGAAUCAGGCUUGGUCUGACCGUGACUCCGCUGCCCGUGCUGUUGAAGAACUGGUUGCUAGCCACAAGGUGGUGCUAGAGGAGCGGCAGGCUCGCAGGCAAGAGCUGGAAGAAAACGAGAAACGGCUGAAACGAGAGGUGGACCGUCUGCUAACAGAACAAGAGGCACAGAAGGUUAGCUCCGAGCAGGAGAUCACAAACCUCUGGUCUCAGCUGGAGAGCAUGAGGACCAGCAGGCAGGAACUAGGAGAGCUGAAGGAGCAGUUGCUGUCACGCACGUCACGUGUUGAUGACAUCGAGCGGCUGAAGCAGGACUUCUCGCAGCAGCGGCGGGAGCUCCAGGAGCAGAACGAGGCAGAGCUGGAGAACCUGCGCGUCUACUUCGAGCAGCGGCUCCGAGCCAGCGAGGAGAACCACCGGGAGGAAAUCUCCCUGCUGCAGUCGCGCCUCAUAGAAGGAGCCCUGGAUGACUCGGUCCUCAAACCUGGAGAGGCAAGCUUUCUCUCUGAUGGGAAGGCUGAGGAGGAAAAGGGGAGCUCGUUGACGGAGAUUACAGAGCAACUGGAGAAACACAAGGUGGAGCUGGAUGCACUGCGUCUGCAACUGGAGGAGAAGCACAAGCAGGACCUGGAGCAGCUGCGCUGUAACAUGGCUCUGUCCUAUAGAGAGGAGCUACUACAGGCUCGUUCAGAGCUCACUGACCGCUACUACGGUGACAUGGAGCAGCUCAAAACUAAACACGCCUUGGAAAUCGAACAACUGCGGGCCAGGCUCUGUGACAACCAUCUCAAAGAGAUUACAAAGCUGCGGCUGCAGUCGGCGACGGACGUAGCACGUCACGUGGAGGCGGAACUGGAGGAGAGAAACCGGCUCCAGACUCGGGAGCACCAAGCACAUCUAGCUCAACUCGCUUCAGACACAGAGAGCAUACUGAGCCUGGAGAAGAAGCUGGCAGAACUCACGCUGCAGCAUGGCCGAGAGCUGGAGAGAGCUGUGGAGCAGCACGCGGAGGAGCUCCGAGAGCUGGAGGACAGGCUGAAGAAAAACUUUGCCGACGAACUGCGUGCACGCCUCGUGGAGGCAGAGCAGGAAGCGAGCACCCGUGUGACCGAGGAACUCUCUCACCGGAGCAGUGAGGAACAGCUCCAGCUCAGGGAGCAGCUUCAAGCUCAGGCUGACGAGCGCAUGGCUUCUCUGAGAGAGGAGCUCGAACAAGCAGCCAGUGAGGAGAAAAGAGAGCUAGAGCAGAAACUUGCUCAGGCUGAGGAGCUCCUGGCUGAAGAAGGGCAGAGGUUACAUGCUUUACAGGCUGGUCUGGAGAGUGAGGAGAACCCUCAGGUACUGGCCCUAAAGCAGAGGAUGGAAGCUCAGUAUGCUAGCGAGCUACGCACAGCAAAGAGCACCAUGGCAGCUGAGGUAAAGGAGCUGAACGCUUUGCUGCAGGAGCAGACCGAGAGCAAGCUAAAGGAGGCUACGAGCAGGCAUCAGGAGGAACAGCGGCAGCUAGCAGAGAAACUGGAACAGCAGAAAGAGGAGGAUCUUCAGAAGCAGAAGCAACAACUUACUCAGGAGCUGCAGGCCCAAGCUGCACUUCUGGAGCAGAACAUUUCCAAUCUGCAACAUCUCCAGAAAGAGAACCAGGAACUCAAAACCCGACACCAGGAGGAGCUCAACUUGCUGACGUCCAAUCACAAGGCAGCGCUGGACUCCCUCUCCGAGAAACACAGGGCAGAGCUCGAUAAGCUGCAGGUGGUGCUUCAGGAGACCAACGUAGCGCAGCUCGAGGCCCAGGAGGCGGAGCUCGUGGCACGUCACAAGCAGGAAAUGGAAGAGCUGGAGACCAGGAUGUUGUGCAACAUGGAUACCCUGGAGAGCACAUACCUGAAGGAGAUUCAGGCAGUGCACAAGGAGAAGGAGGACGUGCUCCGAGAGCUCAGGGCCACACUGGAGCAAGAGCAGGCUAAGGAGAUCGAGAGAGUGAAGCAGGAGGAGCUGACGACCAGAGAAGGAUUGAGAAAAGAGCUGGCACGGGUCCACAUGGACAAGUUUAGCGCCAUGGCGACCGAACUCGGUCACGCCCAUCAGGCGGAGCUGUCUGCGGCGCUCGCUUCCCAGAAGGCCGCCCUGGAGUCGGAUCACCGCUCCGUGUUAGAAACUCUGCGACAGCACGUGCUGGAUCUGGAGACGCAACACGGCGCCGCCCUCCACGAGGUCACCGACAUGACCGCCAAAGACAAACAGCAACAGCUGGAUGCGUUUAACGCUCAGCACCAACAACAACUUCAGGAACUGAAGGCAACAUCUUCCAGGGAGAUCGAGGCUCUACGCAGGGAGCUGGAGGAAGAGGCGGCACGGCAACGGCUCCGUUUCCUGGAAGAGGCGGAGCUUCUGAAGUGUCAAUCAGAGGAGCAGCUACAGAAAAAGAUUGCGGAGUUAAAGGAGGAAAGCGACCGCGAGAAGGCCGCCGCUCUAGACGAGCUGGAGAGAAGUCUGCGUGAGCAGCACCAACAGACCGAGCUCUGCUACACCGACAAAAUGAACCAGCUCACUGCACAGCUGCAACAGCUGGACACCGUGGUCUCUCAGCUUCGUGCGGAGGUGAGCGGUUUGCAGGGGGAGCUGGAGGGCAAGCGCUCGGAGAUGGACACGCUGGAGACUCUGCUGCAGCGGCGUGAGCGCGAGAGUCAGGAGGGAGCCAACCUUCUCACCAUGCUGCGUGAUGACCUCAACACCGCCACUCAGCAGAGGCAUGACCUUCAGCUGGCCCAUGACCGACUUCAGCAGCUCAUCCUCGAGAUGGUCCGAAUUACGAUUGCGACCGAGGAGGAGAUCGGGCGUAGGUUGGGUAUUUGUAUGGAAGGUGAUUGCACCGGGGGCAACGCUCCAAACAGGAAGUCGAGCGCCAACCACGAUACCCAGGAGACAGACAUGGACCGUGGAGCUGCCGGAGAGGGCGGAGCAAACUGCAGCAUGCUUUCGUCUGCGAUCGACGAAGGUCUGGAACUGUCUCAGAGGCUGUGUGAGAGUUUGUUUUCGGGCCAUGACGGAGAGCUGGACCCUGAACGAGAGGAGCUGGUGCUGGGAGCCUGCAAUCGUCUCCGGGCCGCAGUGGACAAACUGUUAGAGCUGGUCUCUGACUCCACAGUGCAGCUGGAGCAAAUGCAGACUUUGCAGUCCAUGCUAGACGAACAGUUUAAUAUGGACGGAGAAGCGAAGGAUGCUCUUCUCCUUCAGCACACUCAGCUUCUGGAGCAACUGGACCAGGAGGCGAGCAUGAAGAGUCAGCUGCAGCUAGAACUGCACAAGGCUGAAGGUCUGAUGGAGGGUUAUGUGGCAGAGAAAGCUAUUUUGGAGGAGGCGCUACAGCAGAAGGAGGCACGUGAGCAGAGGCUGGUCGAGGAGCUGGAGAGCACUCGGGCUCAGCUGCAGGAGCUCAGCGAGGAACACGCUCUCCUGCAGCGGCAACGAGACGCACUUUCCGCAAGCCUCGGAGAACCCGAGAAAGGCUGUCUUGCUGAAGUGGAGGAAAAAGCGCUGUUGGCUGAGGCGGAGCGGCUGGGGCAGGAGCGCGUGGAUGUGCAGCGGCAGGCGGAGAAGGACCGUGUCGGGCUGGCAGGUAGGCUACGUUCGCUAGAGCUGGCGCUGGAGGAGCACGAGAGCCGAGCACAGCAGCAGGAGGAGCAGCACCGCACACAAACCGAGGACCUGCAGCAGCACAUCAGCGCUCUGGAGAAACAACUCAAACACCAUCGCCACUUCAUAGACGAGCAAGCUGUCGAGCGAGAACAUGAGCGGGAGGAGUUCCAGCAGGAGAUUAAGAACCUGGAGGCGCAGCUGAAAAUACCCUCUAAAGGACACGCGGGAGGAGACACCAAGGGUCAGAGGAUUGGAGACUUGGUUAUCCAGGUGGAAAGCCUCCAAGCUCUUAUUAAAGACAAAACCGAGGACUACAGCGUUCUGCUCUCGGUUAAGGAGCAGUGCCAGCGUGACCUGGAGGACCGCAACGAAGAGAUCGAUAAGAUGGCAUCUCGCAUCCGGGAGCUGGAGCAGGCUCUCCUGAGCAGCGCCGAGGCAGGACGGAGCGUCACGCAGCUGGAACAGGAGCUGCAGAAAGCACGCAAGAGCCUCCAGGAGCUGUCUCAGGACAAAGAAGCCCUGCAGCAGCAGCUGUACGCUAACAAACUUCAGAUCUCGGCUCUGCAGUCCAAGCUGGAUGAGACGAGGCACCGCUUCCCCGACCCCAGUGCUGACCCCAACCUCAGAGAGCAGCUAGAGACGCUCCAACGGGACCUGCAGAACAAGGAGGAACAGGUGGAGGUGCUGCUGGAGCGAGUGGAAGUGCUGGAGAAGUCUCUGGCAGAAAAGGAGGAGGACGUCAGGCAGCGGUCACUGCAGCUGGAGCUCAAGACUACUGAAAGUCAAGCAAGGGAGGAAGAGCUACACCUUCGUGUCACCGAGCUACAGGAGUCGGCGAACGCGCUACGCAGACAGCAGCACGAAGAAGGGGACGCCUCAGCACUGAACCUUCCUGCUGCUCUGCUGGAGGAGAAGAACCUGGAGAUUGACCACCUCAACCAGCAGAUUCUCCACCUGCAGCAGGAGCUGGACACCACCAAAGACAACAAGACGGCGGAGGAGAAGCAAGCAGACCUCGAAGAUUUGCGUUCCGAGGUGGAACGACUCUUUAGCGACCAAGAGCGUCUGCGUCAAGCCAAGGAGGAGGAGGUGGAGCGGCUACAUGAAGUCAUCCAUAAGCUGCAGGACGAGCUGAGCCAGCUUGACCCCAACCGACAUGAGGUCAGCGAUCCCAACACAGACAGCCCCGAGCCCCCCGAGUUCCCCUGGUCCCCCCGACCGCAGCACGGCGACGAGAGAAGCCUGUGCAACGAGCUGAGUACCCAGACGCUUCAGAGCUGUCGCGCCAAGCUCUGUGAGCUCCAGGUGGAACUAGAACACACUGCGGAGGAGAAGGAGGCACUCCAGAGACUGCUCCUGACCCAGGAAGAGCAGUACGGGCAGCAGAUGGAGGCACUGGGCCGUAGCUUGGGAGAGGAGAAAGGCAAGCUGGUGCUCCUGGAGCAAGAGGCUGGAGAGAUGAAGCUCCAGUUAAGCCAGAAGGAGGCAGAGGUGGAGGCUCUCCAAACACGCAUCCAAAAGCUUGAAGACGGCGAGAGAAACCUGAAAGGUUUGGAGCUCCAGCUGAAAAAGUCUGAGGAAAGGAUGAAGGAAGCACAGAGGGAGAUGACGAGGUUGAGCGAGGAGGCUCAGAAGCACAAGGAUGAGCGAGAGAGGACGGAACGACUGCUCGCCGAGCUGCAGCAGAACUCCGAGGAUCGCGGGAGCACCGCGGCGCAGACCAAGCUGCAGGUUACCGAGCUGGAGGAGGCGCUUCAGCAGCUAAAAUCCGACAUCGCCAUCUUAGAGACGGGCAAAAAGGAGCUGUAUACUGAGAAACGGGCUCUUCAAAAACGUGAGAGAAAACUCCAAGAGGAAAUAGAGACGCUAAAGCAGGAGGUGUCAGCAAAAAGCAUUCGUAUACAGGAACUGAGUACGCAACUGGAGGAAAGGGUUGCAAACCCAGAGCAGACACAGGAAGAGGUUCUGACCUGUGCCGAGGAGACGCUGGCUAAAGCCGCCGCAGCUUUGCGAGAAAAGGAGGAGCAGUUGGUUCAUCUGAGGUCUCAGCACGACGCUCUGAGAGCCGAGCUCGCCGCAGUGAAGGAAGGUCUGUGCACCAGUACAGAGAGAGCAGACAAACUCCAGGAGGAGGGGCAGACCAAGGAUCGUGCUCUGGCUGAUCUAGAGGAGCACAACCAGCGUCUUCGGGCUGAGCUGCGUGGCUUGCAGGACGAUCUAGAAGUGCAAGAAGAGGAGCUGGCCUACCAACAGAGGGAGCUGGAGGAGCUGCGGCAGCGUUGCCACCAUCAGGAGCACGCCGAGCUCCACACCUCAAAGACCGAACAGCGCUUCCUGGACGGUCUGUCCCGUGGUUCCUCCCUCUCUUCUCCGGAGUUGCUGCGGCGACUCGACUGCAGCGAGGAGCGGCCGUCUCGCCUUCACGCGUCUCACCUGUCCGAGCUGAGCGGCCUGCGUAACACGAGCAUGGAGCUGACAAGCAAGCACUCACCCAUGGAGAGAAACGAGCCGAAACGACCACUCGCACUGCUGCCAGAGACCGAUCCAACCAGCACACACUCACCUUCUGCUUCUCCACGUUCACUGUCCAUCUCUGAGAACCUCUCUGUGCUCAACUCACUGGAUGAUGACAAGGUUCAAGAGCUGGAGAACCUGGACGACGUGACUCCAUCUCAUUCUCCAUCUCGCUCUCCUCUCUCUUCUACCUCACCCGUGUCCGCACCAGAGUGGGUCAGCGACGGAUACGGCAGUAACGUCAGCUCAGAGCUGGAGGCCAAGCUGAAGCACGAACUGGAGCAUACGGAGAGGCUCGACGCUCACUUUGUGGAGUACCUGCGCGGCAGAGACAUGGCGCCCGCGUCACGUUCCGACAGCGCAGCCGGCAGCCUGCGUCACACCUAUGAGCUGCUCUCACCUGAACUACAGGCAAUGCUGAGCCGUGUGUACCGCGAGAGCUGCAGAGUGUUGUCUCUGUCCCAUCGUCCUCCCCCUGCCGGACAGCCUCACCCAGGCUCUGAAGAGGCUCCGCCCCCAUCCUGGCAGAGAGAGAGGCGGGCCUUGCAGGAGACGGUGCUGUCACUCAGAGAGCUUCUCUGCAGGAUGGCCGAGCGUGAGCCCAAGGUGGACGGUGAAGUCGACUGGCGCAGGGAGCUGCUGCAGGCCGUACGGAGCGUGUUCGACAGCGAGAGGAAGUGCCUUCAUGCACAGCUUCAGGACGUCAUGGCAACCAACACCGGCAUAGACUACACGUCCCUGCUGAAGCAUUUGGAAAUGCUGCUGCAAAAACAGGAGGAGCAACAGAGGAGGUCUCUGGAGCAGUUGCUAAGUGCGGACCGGGACAGUCUCCUGGCUGAAAUCCGCAGUUUGCACGAGCAGCUGCAUAACUGCACGCUGCAGAGCCAAGAGCAGCUGCGAGAGCUGCAGAGCUCGCUCGGGGCUGUCCGUGAGGAGGGGGGGCAGGUCCAACAGCAGCUGCACAGACAGGUUAGUGAGCUGGAGAGGCAGCUACAGCAGGAGCAAACCGUGUCUAAGGACCUGCGGCGCUUCCUGGAGGAGGAGAAAUCCAGAUCAGCCGAUCAACACAGGCAGCUGGAGGUACAGCAGAAGCUGAAGGUGGAGAUGAAGGUGGAGCUGGAGGAGCGCAAUCAGCAGCUGACUUCAUGUAAUAAAAGCCAAGAGGAGCUACUGGCUCAGAUCCACAAACUACGGCUGAAGCUCGAGAGUGAGGAGCAGGAGCACCAGGCUUGUGUGGAGGCUGCAGGACACGAGCAGGCCAGAGUGAAGCAGCUUCAGGAGGAACUCCAUAACGAGAGACUCUGCAGUAAACACACACAGGAGGAGCACACACACACUCAAGAGUCUCUGCGCGCUUCCCUGAGCGAGCAGGCAUCUCGCCUGAACGAGCUGAACUCUGCACUGGAGCAGGAGCGCGUAGCGGUCAGUAACCUGCGUGCUGAGCUGCAGAUAGAACAGUCCCGCUGUGAAGCCCUGCUGGCACAGGAGCGUGAGCGCACACAGCUAGCCCUCUCGCGAAUAGACGAGGAGCGCUCGCACUCUGCCGAACUCUCAAGCACACUCUCUCACCAGGCUCAGGAGCAUGCGCGCCGCUUAGAGGAGGAGGUUCGCGCCCAGGAAGCAGCAAGCGCCCACGACAGGAAGUUCAUCCAGGAGCUGAGGGCGCAGCUGGAGCAGGAGCGGCGCCAGGCCCAGGAGCUCGCCGCCUCAGUGGACCGUCUGCAGGCUCAGGUACUGCAGGGAAAACGGAGGCAGGAGGAAGCGGCACAGCAGGAAGCACAAAGAGGACAGGAAGAGGUGAAGAGGCUGCGCUCUGCUCUGGAGAGUCUGCAGGCGCAGCGGGCCGAGGUGAGCCGCACACUGGAGACGGAGAGACACCGCGCCUCUCAGCUUCAGGCAGAACUGGAUGCCAUGAAAGAGAAGAUGAGGGAUGUGAUGGAAAAGGAGAGAGCUAGGGAGGAGCAAAGGGAAAUGCAGAGGUGGCGCGAGAAACAGGAGCAGGAGGACAAGGAGCGAAGGCAGGAGCGCACCAAGGAGAAACUGCUGGAGCUGGAAGCCCUGCGAGAGAGAGAUCAGCAGCGUGUGAGACAACUGCAGCAGACUCUGGCUGACCUGGAGCAGCAGGAGAAGCGGUUAACCUCAGAACGUCUGCACAGGGACCUGCACGCUACUGACAGCACCCGCAUCACUCACACACAGGACUCGCCUUCUUCCUCUUCCUCCUCUCUGUUGGAGCGAGUAUUAAAGGAGAACUCCGAGCUGGCGGAGCGUCUGGCGGCUCUGAGCGAGGAGAAGAUCUCCCUCAAACACACCGUCUCCUGUCUGGAGAGAGAUCUGAACAAUCUCAAACGCAGUGAACAGUCGUCGUCUUCGGUGCAGUUAGACCCGUCCGUAUUAUCAGCAAAACUGACCUGGCAGAAGGAGAAGGUGGCCUUACAGGCUGCUCUACACAAAGCUGAAGACGAUCUUGCGAAGGUCACGGCCAGGAACGAGAACCGACCGCUCGUUGACCUUUCCAACAAUAAGGUGCAGAGACUGUAUGAAAAGUACCUGAGGGCCGAGAGCUACCGGAAGUCUUUGGUUUAUCAAAAGCGCUACUUGCUGUUGCUGCUCGGAGGUUUCCAAGACUGCGAGCAGGCCACGCUGGCUCUGAUAGCACGGAUGGGCGCUCAGCCUUCGCUCAUCGCACAAGCCUCCCGACCGAUCAGCCGCUUCCGGAGCGCCGUUAGAGCGCUCAUCGCCAUCUCCAGGCUGAAGUUCCUCACCAGGAAGUGGCAGAAGGCUACGAAAAGAAGUUCAGUAGGAAGUGUGACUGUUAACAGUACAGCCGCAAAGACUGAGGUUAUGAAGCCGCAGCAGGCCGGAGCGGCGUUCAACUCUCCACCCACUCGUGACCGCAUUCUCACCCAGCGCACCGCGAUCUCACCCCUGGUUCCGCCGGUCAAAUCUCCUUUCAGACUGCAUAACAGAGGUUACUCCAGCAGCACGGCGGCCGCGUCCGAGCGCACGUUCACCACCUCCCAGGAGCCGGAGCGCUCUCUCGCCGACUACAUCCAUCACCUGGAGAGCGUCCAGCAGCGACUAGGAGCUGUUCGUCCAGUCCCCCGAGACGAGCGGAGGCGGAGUCUCCCUGAUAUGAUGGGCUUUCGGCAGAAAUGGUUGCAAGAGAAUAGAACCUGGCUGUAUUUGAGUUGUUUGUCGCAAGGUUACACGCGGCCUUUAGGUUCACCUGUGACGUUUCCUUUCACCCGGAAAACUGACAGAUGAACAAACAAAGGCGCCUUCAGCACUCAUCGUUCCGUUGCCAGUGUGUUCGAGAUACCUGAUUAUUUUAUAAUAAAUUAUUUGUAAUCUUUUAUACGCCAUCUUCAGUUUAACCACAAACGACCGCCUGAAUGUGUUUUAAAGCAUCAGUGACUUUUCUACUGAAAUCUUAGGAAACGUCUCACUCUAGAUGGUCCGUAAAUCCGUUCACAGUUGUUCAUUUGUGUGUAGCUUCCUUUUUUUUUUUUUUUUCUUCUUUUUCCCCCCCAUGUUUUACGUUUGCACUGGAAUCUGUUGAGAAUCACCGUUAUACUGCACAUGGACUCACAUUUCUUCGUUUUAUAUUAGGUAGAGUUUUAUAUUAAGCUGUAGCUUUUCUAUGUUCAAUAAAUAUUUUAAUAACUCAA